AUGCUAUUCAUAGGUAGUAUUACACUGGAUUAUGGCACAAGCAAUGAUGCUGAAAGUGAUUUGAAAACGGUGAAUGGAAUAAUCGAACAUUUUCAUCUCCACAAUGGCUACGACUGUGACCUAUUUGUCCGGGAUACAAGGCCAGCAUGCAUUCGUAACUUAUAUGAUAGUGCUAACCUCAACCCCGAGAUCACCAUUCGUAAGCUGGACCAUGUGCGUCAAGAUGGGAAGACUGCACGAGGAUUGUUCUUCCUCUCUCCUGUGUUCACCAAGGAGGACUACCCUCAGAGAGAUCCUCAUAUUGACUUGGAGGAACUUAAGCCUCCUAAGCACAAGUUCCACAAAGUCACCAGAAAGUUACUGCGGCUGCGCAACAAUCGUCCCAAGUCAAUGGAAGUUAUGGACGCUUUGGACUACCAGCCUCUCACUGAUGAAAUCCCUCUCCCUACUCCAGAAGAGGCGCUGAGGCGAAUGUGCAAGUCACAGCCUUCACUCUGCAUUGUCGAAGUUGACACUGCAGGGACAAGCUUCAAUCGCAUGUGUGCUUUCAGGCAGUCUCUGCACCAUAUAGACUUUGAGAGCCUUGACACAGAGGCAACUGUAGAACAGUUUGAUCCUGAUGUCAAACCUAUGGAACAGAAACGUAAGAGAAGACAGACUCUAACGGGAAUUCCAGGACAUAUUGCCAAAGAACUUAGUCUCUUCAGAACAAAGAAUCAUGAAAAACUGAGGAACAAUGCUCGUGACAGACCAAAGACAACUGACUUUGAAACUCAUCGUCAUCUGCACCAAAGCCCAUGGAUAUUCCUUGAAGCUGAGACUGCAGAAUUUGUUGGUGCAGUGGAUCGGCGUUUCAGGUUGAGAAGACAUGAUAAUGCAUUAUAUGCCUCUAUAAGACGUUGCAACUCUCUGCCUCGGAUGUCAAGGAAAAAGGCAGUUGCUCCAGAGGAGAAACCUCCAUAUAAGGUUGCCAUGCCACUUGUGCGAACACUGUCUGACAGUAGACUGAAUGUUAAAAAGACAAAAGCUGAACACAGCAGUUUUUCCUCGCUCACGAGGUCUGUCUCAUUUGCAGGCCGUGGAAAAGCAUGGCUUGCUUCCUCAAGAGUCCGUCCCAAAUCAGAAGAAGUCCUGGAUGAACUUGACCCUAUUCGUAGCCCAGAACCAAGUGACCUUAACAUGAGGACAAUGUCAAGUGUGGGAUCUGGGUCAAAAUCAACGGAAGAUCUCAAGUGUUCCUUGCAGAGUUUGGCUGCAGUGUACAGUAGGCGUGGUUACCCCAUGCCCCCAGCAGAGAGCCUGGCAUCUGUGCAGCUUAGGGAGAACAGAAAUAAGAAGAACAAAGAGGACCGACAGUCUUCAUCAG